CAUCAAGAAGUGCUCAAGUGUGAAUGAAGGAGGGGAAUCUGUGAAGCAGGAUGAGCAGAGGGACUACAUGAAUCAGUUUUCACAUGAAGUUUUAUGUCAUAUAUUCAGAUUUUUAAAAAAAAGGUUGCCAAUGUUUGAAUGCAAAGUUGUGAAGAAAUCCUAUAACUUCCACAAAUACUUCCCUGAUUUACUAAGUAUGGCUUACAAUGCAAAGCGCUGAAGUGGAAAGAAAGCGGAAUCUGCAUUGUGCCCCUGAAAAUCUACUUCCUAUUGACACAGAAAUGAAUGGGAAGGAAAAUGCUGAAGAUGACACACAACUACGAUAUCUUCCCCUACAGGACAUCAUGUGUAUGGAAUGUUUGUCCCGGAAGUUAAAGGAAGCAGUUACCGUAUAUAUGCGAGUAGUGAAGGUGGUUGACCUAUGUGCUGGCUGCUGGUGGGAGUACAUGCCAUCAGGUUUCAUUGAUGCCAGUUUUUUAACACUACUGAAAAAGAUGCCCGACUUGGAACAGCUGUAUGGGUUGCAUCCCCGACACUUGGAACGACGACGAGUCAGGGGGCAUGUUGCAUUUAGCAUUCCUGGUGUACUUGAAGCUUUACAAGCCUGCCCAAAUCUAUUGGGUGUAGAAACUUCCCAUUUAGAAUUAGUAGAAGCCAUCUGGAAUUACAUGCCACAAGUCCAGAUCUUGGGAAAGUUUCGAAAUCGUAAUGGUGCUUUCCCAAUCCCUCCAGAAAACAAACUAACAAUUCCAGUAGGAGUCAAGAUACAAACACUCCAUCUGGUUGGAGUGAAUGUUCCCGAAAUUCCUUGUGUCCCAAUGUUGAGGCACCUGUAUUUGCAAUGGGUUCGACUAACCAAACCUCAGCCUUUUAAAGACUUUCUAUGUGUCAGUUUACGCACUUUUGUAAUGCGGAAUUGUGCAGGUCCCACCAAUUCCUUAAAGUAUGUUCCACUAGUGACUGGGUUAGCUUCAGCGAGAAGCUUAGAACAUUUGGAACUAGUUAGAGUACCUUUUCUUGGAGGAUUGAUUCAACAUGUAGUUGAAGACAGCUCCAGGUCAGGUGGUUUCAGAAAUCUACAUACUAUUGUGUUUGGAGCAUGCAAAAAUGCACUAGAAGUGGACCUUGGCUACCUCAUUAUCACUGCUGCACGUAGGUUACAUGAAGUUCGUAUCCAACCUUCGCUAACCAAAGAUGGCGUUUUCUCAGCACUAAAAAUGGCAGAGCUGGAAUUUCCCCAGUUUGAAACCCUGCACCUUGGAUAUGUUGAUGAAUUUCUAUUGCAAUGUAAGAUGACCAAUGCUGAAUUAGUGAAGCAUGGUCUGGCAGACGUGGUUGAGAAUCCUGGUAUCAUUACAGACAUUGGGAUGAAAGCAGUAAAUGAAGUAUUUCCUUGCAUCAAAUACCUAGCUAUUUAUAACUGUCCCCAUUUGCACAAUGCACAUAACUGGAUAACAGACCAUUCACGAUGGAGUCGCCUGGUGGAUCUUACACUUGUUCGUUGUCAUGCAAUCAAGCUAGAGUCAUUCAGUCAAUUUGUAGAAAUGCUACCAAGCUUGGAGUUCAUUUCAUUGGAUCAGAUGUUCCGGGAGCCUCCAAAGGGCUGUGCUCGUGUAGGAUUGAGUGCUGGCACAGGAAUUGGUGUUUCUUCUGCUCUUGUUAGCAAUCAGAAUUCCAACAAUGAUAAUGAUAACCAAAAUAAUCACGCCAAUAUCAAUAAUAACAAUAAUGAGGAGAAUGAUGCCCGACAAGAGAGAGGAGUUCCUGACUUGCCAAACCCAGUGAAUGAUCAAGGACUUGAAGCUGUCCAAGAAAGUAGACCUAAUGGGGCUGAAUGUAACUCUGACCAGAAUAGUGGGCAUUCUGUGACACCCAUGGAUAUAGAUGAAGAACAAGCAGGACCAAGUGGGCUUCAACCAACCGUGAAAGUAAACCCAGUGAUGGUACAUGAUUCAGAUAGUGAAGACGAGGAUGAAUAUAGCAUGGAGACUUCUGGGACUCUGAAUGGGAAUGAUACUGGGGAUAAUUAUUCUGACGGCGAUGAAAAAAGGAAAGCUACGCCAAUGCUUUGUGAAAGUUCUGGUAUUUGUGGUAAAGGCAAGGCCCCACUACGGAAGAAGAGCCCAAUUAAUCAAUCAGGCCUGUUAACACCAUCGCAAGCAGAAGAAAGCAGUUGUGAGAAAGGUUGCCAGGUGACCAGUGAGCAGAUAAAGGCUGAUAUGAAAGCAGCAAGUGAUGCCCCAGAAAGAAAUCGGAGCAAAGAUGUUUCUUCUGGAACGGGAACCUGUUCUGCUUUAAAAACAACCAACACGAGCACUGUUGUGUCUCCUCCUUAUAUAGAAUCUGACAGAACAGCUCCUGUAAAUGGUGGCUGCAGGCAUUGCAGUCCAACAUAUUCAUCACACCCUGAUAGUGGGAUUCAUGCCUGUUCAUGUACUUCAAAUGCAGUUGGAGAUUCCUCUGGUAGUAAUGAAAGAAAUGCGAGGAAUAGUUCAGCUCAUACUGGCUGCAUCUGCAACACAUCUCCUCAGGUAAAUGAAAGCAGGACAGGUGAAUGCUCUGAAGCAGAUAAGCCUUCCACAAGCAGGUCGUCCGGAAACUGUGAUUUAAAUGAAUAUUGCAGCACAGACUCAACUAACUCAGAAUUUUCACAAAGGACAUCUUCCACUUGUGCACAAGGACAAGUAAGCAUUAGUAAUGGGAGGACUUGCAUUGACGGUACCAGAGAUGCAGAGAAUUCUAAUCAUCUUCCAUGCGUUAACGGGACCCAACAUGAAGGCUAUCCUCGCAGACCUGUGACAAGAGCAAGUAGUAAAUAUAGCCAGGUCCCAUUGAUCACAGAGCCAGAUAUUUCCAAACCCAAAUCCAGGCAAUCUGUGAAGCGGAAACGAACUGCAGAUAAAUCCACAAGUACUAGCGAUCCUGUCAUUGAAGAUGACCAUGUGCAGGUUCUUAAUCUAAAAUCCAAAAAUUUGGUUGGGAUUACACUUGCUAAUUGUGGAAUUACUGAUUUGGUACUCAGAGAUUGUCCGAAAAUGAUGUUUAUCCAUGCUACUCGAUGUCGGGUACUAAAGCAUCUAAAGGUUGAGAAUACACCAAUUGUAAACCGAUUUGACUAUGUGCAGUGUCGGAAGCUCAACAUUGAACAAGUACUUGACCAGAUUUUACGAAUGCCUCCUGAACGGAACCGUAUCAUUUAUCUGCGACCAAUGCAACAGAUUGAUACUUUAAAAUUGGAGCGGAUGAUAUUUAGUGGACCAUAUCCCUAUCACAUCUGUAUUAUUCAUGAGUUUAGCAAUCCUCCAAAUGUGCGAAACAAGGUUCGCAUUCGUAGUUGGAUGGAUACAAUAGCAAAUAUUAAUCAAGAAUUGAUCAAGUAUGAGUUCUUCCCUGAAGCUACUCGCACUGUAGAAGAUGUGGAAAAAUAUCCCAAGUACCCUUGGGGGAGGGAUAUUUAUAGUUUAGAAGGAACAGUAGAUGGAGCCCCUUACUUCAUGAUUACUGAUUUCCCUUGGCUUCGUUCACUACGCACUGCAGAACCAAACAGCUAUGCAAGAUAUGACUUUGAAGACGAUGAGAGAACUACAAUCUAUGCUCCACGGAGAAAAGGGCAGUUGUCUGCUGACAUCUGCAUGGAAACAAUUGGUGAGGAAAUCUCUGAGAGAAGACAGAUGAAGAGUGGUGUAUUUCAGCGAGUUGUAGCUAUUUUCAUACAUUACUGUGACGUUAGUGGAGAGCCUGUUCACGAUGAUUAUAUCUGACUAUGCCUUUCUUGCGCAUGACUGUCCAAAGGCCAGAGACUACAGCCUGCAAGAUUUGAUUUAUCAGCACUGUGUAGCUGAAUUAUACCCAAAUACUUUUGGAACAAAUUAUAUAAUUGUGUAUAAAAUAUUUGUGUACAAAUGAUUUCUGUAUAGAAAUGCUCUUAAAAUUAAUUGGCUUCCGGAAGCAGUAUCAUUUCAUAUGUUUAUACAAUUUAAUUCAUUCAAAUGUUAUUGAAAGGGAAAUAAAUAGGUUUUAAGAAGAGGCUAUUUAUAUCCCCAAUUAUAUAGUUACUAAGAUGAACAUUUUCUGAUAUUUUGUUACAAUAUUGUUAGGUAGAAAAAUAUGUAUUAAAAAUCAAGGCCGUGUUCUUUGGCAGACUACACGCUCAAUA